AUGGGUAAUUGUAUUUCUUUUAUAAAUUAUUCAAAAUUUAAAUUAAAAAAUAAAAAGUUAUUGCCUUUAGAUUUAUAUUCAAAUAACGAAAUUGAAAAAUCUGUUAUUAGCUACGCAUCUUGCAUAAAAGAAGAGGAAACAAAAGAAAUUAAUAGUAUUACACAUAAAAAAAAAAAACUUAAUAUUGAAGAUAAACUAAAUGAAGAAGACAAUAAAAAGAAAAAAAAAAAUAUAGAAAAUAAUGAAAACGGUGAAGAUGAUGAAUAUCAUGAAUACAAUGAAAUUGAUGAAUAUAAUGAAAAUGAGGAUGAGAAAUAUAUAACAUAUGAAGAAGAUAACAAAGGUGAAAAGCAGCAAAUAAAAGGGAAAAAAAAAAAAAAGGAAAAAAAAAAGGAAAGAAUGAAAAAAAAAAUGAAAGAGAAAGGAAAAAUAGAAACCAAUAUCAGCAAUAAUUGUAAAUUAAAUUCUUACUAUGAAGAGGAAAAAAAAAAUAGCAAUUCAAAUUAUUUAUAUGAUGAUGAAUCUAACGAUUAUUAUAACCAAAAAUUAGAUAUGUCAUCUGAUGUAAAUUCAUUUUAUAAAAGUUCAGUUAACGGAGAUAUUUUAUUCAAAAAGAAUAAACACGAAAAUUUACUUAAUAUUAAGUAUAGUAGUAUGAUAUUAAAUGAUAUUAGAGAUGUUGAUAUAAUUGUUGUUUUUUUAUUUAGCUUAUUUCUUUAUUUUAAUGCUAAUAAUAUUGUUGACAUGCUUGAUAAAAAUAAAAAGGAAAGAUAUUUUUUAAUAAACUCAUUAAAUGUAAGUCAUGAUAUCAUUAAGUUUCCAACUUUCCCAAAAGAGAUUGUUGACAGUUUUUUAAAAAAUGAUUUUACUUUAUUGAAAAAAUAUAUAAAAAAUAAGUGUAAUAAAUUAAAAAAAAAAUACAGAACUACUUAUUUUAAAAAAAAAAAUUCUUUUAAAGAUGAAAAAAAUCAAAAAAAAAUUUUUAAAUAUGAACUAAAAAAAAAAAAAGAAAAAUGUUCCUUUUCUAAAAUUGUAGAAUCAAUUGAUAGAAAUGAUUGGUUACAUAGAGAUAUCACUCAAAUAAACUGUGAUAAUAAUUUACCAGACUUAGAAAUAAAUUUUAUAGUUAUGGGAGCAUAUCGCUUUUAUCAAAGAGAUAUGAAACCUUUUCAAGAUAAAAAUACCUUUUUUUAUAAAUCCCCCUCAUAUACCUGUGAUGCAGAAAUAUCCGUUGCAUGCAAAAAAGGGAAGAAACUAGAUUUCCCAAAUCAAGAUGAUUUUACGAUUAUUCAAACAAAUGAAUGGAUAUUAAUUAUGGUAUUUGAUGGUCAUGGACCAUCAGGUCAUGAUAUAAGCAAUUUUGUUCAUGUAGUACUUCCUUUAUUAUUUUCAUAUAAUAUUGAACAAAUAUUUGAAAAUCCUGUUCGUACUAUGAAAACAUUAUUUUAUAUGAUUAACUGUUAUUUAGUUAAUUAUUCUUAUUGUAUAAACAAUAAUAUAAAUCCAAUUAAUAUAAAUUUUAUUGACUAUAAUCUAAGUGGAACAACAUGUACAAUAAUUUUAUAUAAUUUUUUAACAAAAAAAAUUUAUUCAGCACACACAGGGGAUAGUAGAGCUGUUAUGGGAAAACAAAGUCUUCAAACAAAUAAAUUUAGAGCAUACAACAUAACUGAAGAUCAUAAGCCAUCCUUAAAAUUAGAAAAAGAUAGAAUUGUAGCUUUCGGUGGAGAAGUAAAAAAAUUGCAAGGUGAUGUUUCUUAUAGAGUAUUUGUUAAAGAUGAAAUGUAUCCAGGUUUAGCUAUGAGCAGAGCUAUCGGUGAUAUAACUUCGUCUUUUAUAGGAGUUACCUGUGAGCCUACCAUAAAAAUAUUGGAUAAAUCUGAUGAAGAUAAAUUUAUUAUUGUAGCUACUGAUGGAAUUUGGGAAUUCAUUAGCAGCGAAGAAUGUGUGCAAAUGGUUUCAAAAAAAAGAAAAAAAAAAGUACAUAUUGCUAUGGAAGAAAUAAUAAAAGAAUCCUGGAAAAGAUGGGCAAAAAUUGACACCGUUGAUGAUAUGACUCUGGUUAUUCUAUAUUUUUAA